GAGAAAGAAAUAGAUUUUUUCCGAACUCUACAUAUGACACAUAAGGUAAGAUUAAAUUACUCAGUCUUUUUUGUACUAUCAUCAACUUUCUGGGUACUUUCAUUUGAACAUGUCCUACAUAGGGAUUGCUGGUUGAUUCAUCUUAGUAAACUGUGUGUGCUGUUUGACUCUCUUUAGCAAUAAUUAGGAGUCUUCCAGGGGUGGAGAAACAUGGACUUUCAGUGAGAAUGACAGCAAUGGCGCUCCAUUGAAUGUGUCACAAAGGUGUCAGCUGAGGUGCACCCAGCAGAGGGGUGUUCUGUACAGUAUGAGGGAGGAGAUUGAGCAGAAAGAAAUGCAUUUCAACACCACAACUCCCCACAUUUCACCCUCAAACCACAAAUCUGGAUUUCCUGGUUACUAUGCACUGCUUCCCUUUGUACUACUCAUACUGAUUGGAUGUGUUCUGGCAAUGGUUGUUUACAUCAGGAGGAGGAGGUCAAGACUAGAUGAGCUGCGCCAUAGGAUGAUUCCUCUGUACAGCUAUGACGCCGCAGAGGAAGAAGAAGAGUGGGAGGACUCUGGCAGGGAAGAGGAGGAGCUGAUUGAACCGUUGUAUAAGGAGGGAAAGCUCUCCUUUUCAUCUGUGUAUGGAACAUGAACAGAAAAUCAAGAAAGAAAAAACAAUGUGGCCAAAUUACAGGAAGAUUUCUCCAUAUCUAUUUUGUGUUGCAGAUGCUUUACAAAUAUAGACUGGACUCUUAAUAAUAAAAA